AUGCAAAUUCCUAUCCGAUACUUCACUGCCUCUGAGAUCGACAAUGCAAUUAGUCACUCUCAAAACGAAUUGGAGAUUUUCGAUGGACGUAUGGUUGCAGGAUCAAUGGACAAACGCCUCGUUUUCGUAAGGUUUUUCCCUAAUUAUUUUAGGAAUUUCUUCAACACUUUUCGAGCUAUAGCAAUUACUGCUCAGAUGAGUCAUCUCAAGAAUGUGCUGAGACUUGUUGGUUGCUGUCUACAAUUUGAAGAAGCAGUUAUGGUGUAUGAAUAUGUUGAGGCUAUAACUCUCAGCGAUCUACUUUUCAGAGAGGGUGAUCAUAAGACUGAAAGAUCAUUAUCUUGGGGAAAGAGAUUACGAAUUGCCAAUGAGAGAUAUAAAGCCUCACAAAGUGAUGAUAGAUCAGAACAACAGCGUUGCCAAAAUAAUACACUUCUCAUAGUCUAUAUCAUUACCUCAGGGGAAUUGGAGGUACAAGAUGCUGUACCGUGCGGGACAUUUUGGUAUUUAGAUCCAGAAUAUGCCUCCCUGGGUAUUGUUACUCAAAAAACUGAUGUAUACAGCUUCGGAGUUCUUCUCUUUCAGUUAUUAACCGGAAAGGAAUCUCUUGAUAGUAUGCAAUCCAAUAUUGAUGAAGGUAAUGUUAUCGAUAGAGUGGAUUCUAGAAUUAUGAAGAAACAACAAAUUUUAUAG